AUGCCUUCAUAUGUCCACUCUGACCGUGGUGUGUCCUUUAUGAGUAAGGAGUUUCAGACCUACUUGACCGAGAAAGGCAUCACUACUAGCCGCACGACGGGCUACAAUCCGGCAGGAAAUGGCCAGUACUUUGAAUGGUCAGUGGGAGAUCCAAUACAUGUUGAAAUCAAAAAUCAAGCUGGUGAAAUACCUUCAUUAUCAGUCAUCUGCAGGAAAUUAAAAGAACUAGAUCUGACGCGUCAUGAAGCCACUAAGGUAGCAACCGAGCGCUUUACACCACUCAACAUGGCUCAAAGACAAGCAUUUUUCCGAUGGAGAAUGACAAUCGAUCCAAGAAGGAUAUAUUUUUUAGAUGAAACAGCAUUUCAGCUUGAUGGCGAUACAAGAACAAUCGGACGGUGUCAUACAAAUGAAUCUCUGCCAAGUUAUGUAAGAAAGGGUGAUGCUCGAGUCAAAAUGUCAGUUCUCGCGAUAAUUGGAUUUGAUGGUGGAGUUCUUGGUGCUUAUCCAAUACAUGGUAACUUCAAUAGAAUAAGAUUUAAUUUUGUCUUAGCUCAGUUUCUUUUGGCCCUGGUACCUCCCGGUUCUUUUAUUGUUAUGGACAAUGCUUCAAUCCAUAACGAACAAGAUCUGGUGCAGCUGCUCUUACCACGAAACUUAACACUUGUCAAACUACCAACAUACUCAUACGAUUUGAAUCCUAUCGAGAUGGUGAAUGAAGUGGCCAAGACAUGUGCUCGAAGAACUCCAGGUCUGCUAAGAAACAAUAUGCCGUUUGCUAUAGUAAACGCAUUUUCACAGGUGACACGCCAUGCAGUCCAAAACUUCUACAGAAAAAGCUAGCAAGUGUUUGUGUGAAACGCCGCUGG